UUGCGCAUGUGUGUGCGCAUUCAUCUUGUUUUUUAAGUAUAAAAAGCAAUGUGCGUACUUCAAUUGCAACUUAGUACAAAACUAGCUGCGUCGAGUAACUCAUUUUCAAAAAACUGAAAGAACAAUUUAUCCAAAAUAAAAUGGCUGGACAUCUGUUGAAACUCGCCCUCAUCUGCACACUUGUUGCUGCUCUACAUGCUGCGCCCGCCCCCGCGCCGCUUCCUGCCGCUGCUGGCGCCCAAGCGCGUACCUUCGGCGGCCUGGGCUUGGGUUUGGGUGCUGGCUUUGGUGGGGGCUUUGGUGGUUAUGGCGGCCUAGGCGGCCUAGGCGGCGGUUAUGGUGGCUAUCCUGGCAUCUAUGGCGGCUAUCCAGGUGGUUAUGGCGGCGGCGGCUACUAUGGCAGACCCGGUUUUGGUGGCGGUUUCUAUCCCGGUUAUGGUGGUCUGGGCGGAUAUGGCGGCUAUGGCAACUAUGGUGGCUCCUUCAGUCAGGCGCAAAGUCAGUCGCAAAGUCACAGUGGCUACUAUAAUGGUGGUUUCGGGAAUGGUUUCUUCGGUUAAGUAGCUAUUUUGGGCUAAGUAGUUUUAGUAAAAUUUUUUAUAAGGAAAACUGUGUGUGAAAAUUUGUGCGAAAUAGAUGAGG